GAGUGCGAAAAGAAGAGGCGAAAGAGCGAACAAGCCGAGUAGCAGCACAAGGAUCAUCCACUCUCAGCUGGUGCUUCAACCCUCUAAACAUCAUCCAGUGAAUACAUCUCCCGUUAUUGUGUUCUGCGACGCAGAGACUCCGCUUGUGCUUUGGCUUAACGGAGGUCUUUUUUCACAUUCAUGCCCAAACGAUUGGUGUUAAAUCUUUAAUUGUGCAUUACUGGACAGGAUGGAGCAUUGGAGACAGUGUUCGUUAUGGCUGAUCAAUUGUAAGGUGCUCCCGCCGAACCAUCGGGUGACAUGGGAGUCCGCUCAAGUGUUCGAUCUGGCACAGACCCUGCGGGAUGGGGUCCUCCUGUGCCAGCUCCUAAACAACCUAAGACCCCAGUCCAUCAACCUGAGGGAGAUCAACCUAAGACCACAGAUGUCACAGUUUCUCUGCUUGAAGAACAUCAGGACAUUUUUGCAAGUCUGCUCAGAAAUAUUCAGCAUGAAGAAAAGUGAACUGUUUGAGGCUUUUGAUUUAUUUGAUGUACGGGACUUUGGAAAGGUUAUGGACACAUUGUCCAAACUCUCACAUACACAUGUUGCACAGCAAACUGGAAUAAGGCCAUUUCCAACAGAAGAAAGUGUUGAAGAUGAAGACAUUUAUAACCAUCUUGAGGAUCUGAUAGAUGAGAAUGGCGUUGAAGAUGAGGAAGAUCUUUACGACUGCGUGUAUGAUGAUGAUGAAGGUGGAGAGGUUUAUGAAGACUUGAUGAAGGUUGAGCUGGUAGCACCACAGAAACAGGCUGAGACGGAUAUCAGGAGCUGCUGUCUGAUGGAAAUUAAACAGACGGAGGAGAAAUAUACUGAAACUCUGGACUCCAUAGAGAAAUUCUUUAUGAAGCCUCUGGGACAGUCGCUGUCUAGUGUGGAGAUUGAAAAAGUGUUUAUCAAUAUUCCAGACCUUGUAAAAGUGCACAUAAGUCUUCUGAAGGAGGUCCAGGAUUCUGUGCUUCAACAUAAAGCUAGUAACCUGUAUCAGAUCUUCAUAAUGUACAAAGAGAGAUUAGUCCUGUAUGGAAAAUACUGCAGUCAAGUGGAGUUAGCCAUUGCGUGUUUAGAUGACAUUUGUAAGAACAGAGAGGACGUCCGGCAGAUGUUAGAGUUGUGUUCCAAACGAGCCAAUAAUGGGAAGUUUACUCUGAGAGAUCUGUUGGUUGUUCCAAUGCAGAGAGUUCUUAAGUAUCACCUGCUUCUACAGGAACUGGUAAAACACACCCAUGAUGCCACAGAAAAGAGUAAUUUACGCCAAGCUCUGGACGCAAUGAAGGAUCUGGCCCAGUAUGUCAAUGAGGUGAAGAGAGACAUCGAGACUCUGCGGGACAUCGACCAGUACCAGAAAUCUAUAGAAAACCUUAAUCAGUCUCUCCGUAACUAUGGGAGACCGAAAGGUGACAGCGAAGUGCGAGUAGCUUCUGUCGACAAACGAGCCAAACAAGACAGGCACAUCUUCUUGUUUGACGCAGCUGUGAUCGUAUGCAAACGUCGGGGAGACAACUACGAGAUGAAGGAAGUGAUCGACCUCCACUCGUUCAAAAUCACCAACAACCCGACCUCUGACAGAGAAAACAGAAAGUGGUCUCACGGAUUCUACCUCACACACAGCCAGGGUCAGACCGGCUUUGAGUUCUUCUUCAAGACCAAGGAGCUAAAAAAGAAAUGGUUGGACCAGUUCGGCAUGGCCUUAUCGAACAUCUGUCCAGAGAGUGGGAAAAGUAAUUUCCAUGAGUUCCGCAUGCACACCUUUGAGACAACCACAUCCUGCAGCUCGUGUAAAAUGUUGCUGAGAGGUGUCUUCUAUCAAGGGUACCGCUGUUCCAAAUGUGGUGUGGGUGCCCAUAAAGAGUGUCUUGGGAGAGUGGAUGUCUGCGUCAAAAGCGCUGAUUCAAGCUCUUUUGGAUCACAGAUUGGAAAAACACCUAGUCGCGGAGGUGAUGCAGGUUUGCCUAAGAUGCUGGUAAUUCGUAAUUAUCAUGGGAUUCCAAGCCCGGGGUGCGGCCCACCACUCAACAUCAAGGUUGGUGAUAUCAUCGAGCUGAUCGAAGCGAACGUCCGCAGCUGUUGGUGGAAGGGCAAAGUCCUGGCAAAGGACUUUAAAGAAGGUAAAGAGGUUGGCUUCUUUCCAAGCGACGCAGUGAAGCCUUGCCCAUGUGUACCCAAACCUGUUGACUAUUCUUCCCAACCUUGGUUUGCAGGCCCAAUGGAGAGGCUGCAGGCAGAGGCCACACUACUAAACAGGCAGAGCAGCACGUACCUGGUGCGUCACAGGAGUCGAGAUUUUAACGAGUACGCCAUCAGCAUCAAGUACAACAACGACGUGAAACACAUCAAGAUCUUAACAAAGGAGGGAUCCUUUCACAUUGCUGAAAACAAGAAGUUCGGAAGCAUUUUGGAGCUGAUUGAGUAUUACAAACAUCACUCUUUGCGUGAAGGAUUCAGGACACUUGAUACCAGACUGCAGUUUGCCUACAGAGAGCCGGAGAAUGGAGCCAACAUGUUCACUUCUAAGGUGAUGGGUGUGGCGAUCGCCCGUUAUGACUUCAGCUCCAGGGACAUGCGGGAACUGUCCUUGCAGGAGGGCGAAGUGGUGAAAAUCUACAGCAAAACUGGAGCCAAUGGCUGGUGGAGGGGAGAAGUCAAUGGCCGGGUGGGUUGGUUCCCCUCCACCUACGUAGAGGAGGGCGAGGAGUGAAUAGCCGAACAACUGUGCACAAGAGAAAGGCAAUAGAACGAGUAGAAGAGAGGUCAGAAACGGACUGUAUUUGACUGAACUGAGCUUGAGCAAUGCUGAAGAGUCAAAAAGUGCAACCGAUUAGCCAGUGCUCUAGCUUGCUCUCUCUCUGUGUUGGUUCUCUAUCCUGGAGCCUAUCUGGAAGGUGGCGGAGGACAUGCAUUGAUAGAUGAAGGACUCUCUCUCAGAGAGCAGAUUAUCAAACACAACUCUGGACCUGUCUCUUCGACUAGACUGCAUCUUACAACCCAGUUCCGGGUGACUCUGGACGGAGCGCCAUGAGAGAAUUUGGGCCUUUUCACGCCGGGAAUCCUGUUCUGGUGAGCUGGAAUGCACAGAAAUGGACUGACAUUGCACUCUGAGCUAUUUAUGUAUGUCUGUGUAUGUGUGUGACUUUUUGGGGAGGGCAUUUGCCCUGACCUUGCCUAAGUCCUCCUUACCUGCACUAUUAUUGAUGACACCCUCCCCCUUCCUCAUCUCUACGCUGCCCCUGGAGGUGUUCUCACACUGACCUCCCCCUACAUCCAGCUAUUCAUCUCAGAUUAUGAUCAUAGCUCCCUGACAAGAAGGGCCAUGUAGGUGCAAAAGCACUGUGGUAACUGAUUGCUGUCUUUUUCUUGUUUCCUUCCUACAAAAUAUCUUAUUUUCAGAUUUCUGCUCACAAGGAAUGCCUGGUUGUUGAUUUUUUGUUUGUUUGUGCUUAUCUUGGGAGAUGUAUUGUGGGGUUGUCACACCCUGUUUAUCUGAUUUGCACGUUAUCGUAUUGUCGGGGAGAUGUUGGCACCAGCCAAGCAGAUGACUGGAAUCAAAAAGGAUUGACAGGCCUGUAAACAGCUUUUUCAGCAGGGAAGCAUUGUGUCACUCCUUACAGAAGGGAUCCUAUUAGAUAGCACAGGCAGCGUUUUUUCAGUCAACUAAUGAGGGGAAUUUACACACAUUUGUGGGAAAAAUUGACACUUUGAAAAACAAUGAACCAGAUAAUUCUGUUUUGAAAACACCCAGUGGAUCAGAAGACUUGUAAAUCUCUUGUGAUGUACUAACUGGUGGUCGACCGAUAUGGGUUUUUCAAUGACUGAUGCUGAUACCAAUAUCUAGAGAGAGAGUGCAGGGUGGCUGGUAUGAUGUUGAUAUCCACAGUUUUCCUGAACAACCAAUGGGCGAUGCCAUGAUAAUUCUGAUUGCCUUUGGGCUGUUUUCUGGUUUCCAUUCUCCAUUGGAUGCAAUAAAAUAACUACUGAAACAAGCAAUUCAGAUGGAAAAAAACAACAAUUUUAAGUGGUAGUUGGAGUAAAAAUGUGUUCAGUCUUAACUUGUGUAGCUGUUGGCUGUCAUAUCAACUUUAAGUAGUCGUCUACCCACUCAUCAAUAUCUGAUGGCUGAUUCACUGUCAAGAGAUGGUCAUUGUGACUUUGCAAAGUAUUAGCACAUGUUUUUUUAUUUGACAAUGUUUUAUAAAUGUACAUUUCUUUAAGAAUUGAAUAUGCUAAACAUCAUAUUAUCUGCUUAAAAAUACACUUUUCUGAGUGAUUUUUGCAAUGACAAUCGGCUGAGCUAUUACUGUAUAUCGGUCUAUCACUAGUGUAAACGGACAUCACCAGAGAAGAACCCUCUAGUCCAAAGGUUAGUAAGUCAUGCAGUACUAAAGAUUGCACUGUACUGGUAAAUAAGAGACAUGAAAUGUGUUGAAAUGCUAUUUUAACUUCCUGCAUCACUGGAAUCACCUUGUUCUCAAAUGUAGCUAUGGAACUCAUUCACACAAGAUUUCCCAGAGCUGUAAUGAACUAGGUGGAUGCUUUUCCUACCUUCAGCUAAACAUAGAUGUGUGUGAAAUCUGAACUGGCUCUAAGCUGAUUAAAUGUGAUAGAAAAUAUUCAGUGUGUUUAGACUGUGAUGGGGUGACAGACCCUUCAAUAGGAAAAAAGGUAAUAUCAGGAAACACUCAAACUGCUAGUUUGUCUUAAAUGGUUAGAUAGAAGUGCUCUCUCAAAUAAUAUAUAUUUAUUUGUGAUCUAAGCAGAGACUGAGAGGAAAAGAUUUUCACAGUCUCUGCAUUUUUAUCAAGGAAAAGUUUUUUCGUGUUCUGCAGAAGAAAGUCAUCCACAUCUGGUAAAUGAUGUAAAUGAUGAGAGAAUUUAGAUUUUUGAGGGAACUAUCCCUUUAAAGUAUUGAUCAGUUGUUUCAUAGUUUGUUUUCUGUUACACCUCCUUCACAAUGUAGCACAAUGAAGGCAGGGAAACACCCCGGACAGGUGGCCAGUCCAUCACAGGGCAAUACACGUAUACACGUUCACACUCACCUACGGGCAAUUUGCUAUCUCCAAUUAUCUUAACCUGCAUGUCAUUGGACUGUGAGGGAAACCGGAGUACCCUGACGAAACCCUCGCAAACACGGGGGGAACAUGCAAACUCCACACAGAAAGGCCCAGUUGAGCUGGGACUCAAAACUCGGACCUUGUUGCUGUGAGGCGACAGUGCUUCCCACUGAGCCACUGUGCUUAUUUUGUGAAUAUGAGAAUUCCGACAUGACUUGAAGGCAGCAUAUGGGCCAAUGAUUUUUGAUGAUUCCAAAGUUUUCCAGUUUUUGCGAUGUCCUCUUUAAACGGAAGUGUCGUUAUGUCAGAGGAUUCUAGUAGAUUAAAUUCUCAUUAGAGAAAUCACAUCUACCAAUGAUUUAGGGAACUGUCAAAAAUCACGGAUGCCUCUCCCUUCCUUUAUUUUUAAAGGUGAAAGGUUGGUUUUAAUAUUGGUGUUUUUUUGUUUUUUUUUAAUCGGGCAUUGACUGAAAGAGGAUUUUUGUUCUGGCACCAAAAUCUGGGGCAAAAUCCAUGCCAGAGGCAGAUUAUAGUCUUCGCCUGGGUGCACUGUUCCCUACACUCUAACUGCAAGCAGUAGAAUUGGUUUUCUAAGCUUCUCACCAGUAAUCUGUUCCCACUGCUGUCUCCCCAGAAAUGAACUCUGACAGGACAGAUUUAACAGGAUUCCACACAUCGUUAUAUAUUUAUAUACGACAGAGUCUGUUUCAGAACAGAGUUGUGGACCGCUAAUCACCCAGCGAUCUCUAAUCUCGAAGGAAGGGGAUUUCUGCCUCUGUCUGUUUUCUUUCUCAUCGUAUCUCCCACAUUUUUUUCCCAUCUCACACCUUCAUAAUCUGAUUCUCAUCUCCUUUUUAGACGUCUUUCAUACUUUUCAUGUAAUGCUACAGGAGGACUUUCCAUCCUUCCUUUGCUGUGUUAAGUCACUUAAAAGGAUAGUUUUCACAAAAAAUUAAAAUUCUGUCAUCAUUUACUCACCCUUAUGUCUUUCUAA